AUGGUAGCUCAGGCGCAGGCGGUAACCGUGUCCCUCAAAGACCUCACAAGUGGCAACGUCUCUUUUGAGACUCUACAGCAAGCCUUUGGCCCCGACUCCCUCGGCAUCUUAGUCGUCAAAAAUGUACCACAGGAGUUUGCGCAGUUGCGCCACAUGACCCUCUCGUAUUCUUCAUACCUGGGAAACCUGCCCUCCGAGGAACUAGAAAAACUGGAAAAUGUGAAAGCCAAAUACCUGACUGGCUGGUCUCUCGGCAAGGAAACACUCAAGAACGGCCAAGCAGACACCUUCAAGGGGUCAUACUACGCAAAUUGCGCAUUCUACGUCGACCCAACGCUCGAAUGCGCCAAGCCAACGCCUGAAUUCUCACCAGAAACAUUCCCCGAGUACUUGUCGCCUAACGUAUGGCCGCCCGAGAACGUGCUCCCCGGUUUCAAACCCGCCGUCACUGAUCUAUGCAAACUCAUCAUCGAUGUAGCUGUACUAGUUGCACGAGCUUGCGACCGGUUCGCAGAGAAGGAAAUCCAGGGCUACCCAAAGGGAUACUUAGAGCACGUGGUCAGCACGUCCAACACCACCAAGGCCCGACUACUGCACUACUUCCCGCAAGAUGUGCAGAACAACGAUGGCACAAGCGAAGAUGACUGGUGUGCCACGCACCUUGACCACGGGUGUCUAACCGGUCUGACAUCAGCCAUGUUCAUCGACGAGCACAAGGUCAGCCCCGCUGUUCCCAAGAAUGUUUCUCUGAACGGGGCAUCACUACCGCCGUUGGAGGAACUUCCCGCGUCGCCGGACUCUUCAGCGGGGUUGUACAUCCUGUCCCGCACGGGGGAGACGUACCAGGUGAAGAUCCCGAGGGACUGUAUUGCGUUCCAGACGGGGGAGACGCUGGAGCGGAUUACGGCGGGUAAGUUCAAGGCCGUGCCGCAUUAUGUGAGGGGUGUGAGGGCUGCGGUGAGUGGUGGUGCGAUUGCGAGGAAUACGUUGGCGGUGUUUACGCAGCCGAAUUUGGGGGAUGAGGUGGACAUUGAGUCGCAUUUGACGUUUGGGGAGUUUGCCAGGGGUGUGGUUGCCAAGAAUACUGUGUCGUGA